AUGGCCAGCAUUGAGGACCAGAUAUUUCCCCCAGCAGUUGAAAUCCCAAUAAAGGAAAUACUGGAGGAACUUGCAUCAAAAAUAAAUGGCAACCAAACCUGCAAGUUUAAUAUAAAUCGUGCAUCUGUGUUGGAUGGUCCUAUACAGGGAUUUACGCGAAUGUCCUACAGUCCAAAUAACAGAAUGGUCAUUAGGUUCUCCGACGAUAAAGGAAAGUUUGAAGAGGCUGUUGACUUGGGGGGCCCUAGAUGAGAAUUUCUACGGCUCCUACUGGUGGCACUAAUGGAGUCAUCAAUGUUUCAUGGAAAAGAGGGCAGUGUAAACUUGGCACUUGAUUCACAAGCCAUGAGGGAGGACAGAUAUUUCAUUGCAGGGAGAGCAGUUGCAGUCAGUCUUGUUCAUGGAGGACCUGCACCUGGUUGUUUUUCAAAAACGCUAUAUGACAGUUUAGUUCAGGGACCAGACAUGUGCAGACCUGGCUUGGAGGAUGUAGCUGACCCUGAGAUUUAUAGUAAAAUAAAAAAGCUUUCUGAAGCCUCAACUCUGGAACAGCUACGAGAGUCAACAGAGCCAAUCAUGGACUACCUAGCCAAUGCUGGUUGUCUAAGACCUAUAAAGAGCAUUGAUGACAAGGACAGGCUAGUUGAAGAUCUGCUUAUGUUUCAGGUGGUGAAUCGUGUCCGUGGACCAUUUGAAAGGUUCAGAGAUGGCCUGAAAACACUUGGUGUCCUUGCUGGAGUCCAACAACACCCGGAAUCGUUUAGAUCCUUGUUUUGCCACCAGCCAAAGCAGCUGACUGCAGACAUGAUGGAUGACCUAUUUGAAAUACAGUGGUCAGAGAUUGGGAGCAACAAACGGGCUAAUGAGAACAGGGUAAUUGCCUUUUGGAGGGACUACCUGCAGGAUGUAGAAGGUAACCUUUUAUAA